AGGGAAAGAAAUGGUGAUGAAACAAUCGUCUAGCAAGAUUGUGAUGUAGCUCAUACGCAACAAUUUGAUGAGGUGUUCACCCGCGGAAGUGAUGAGAUAACGCGGAGAUGGUUGAAUUGUGCCCAACCAAAAUUGCGCGUUCAUUGCAAUAUCGCUAGCCAGCAACUAGAGACGGUGGAUCUGGAAGUUAGUGGACGAUGGCUGCUGCAAUCAAAGCCUGGUUUGUUCCCUCAUUGGCCAGCAAGCACGGUGCAAUUCGAAAGGCAACAGCUGCGCCGAUCACCGGUACGGGCCACCGCCAAUCUCACCACGAAGCACACGAUCACGUCGAGCAGCACGAUCGCAAACAUGGUGUGGAGGAAGUACGCAUUCCCAUUCCGUACGGGGAGAUCGCUGGCAAGUGGUGGGGACCGAAAAAUGUGCGGCCCAUCGUAGCGCUUCACGGGUGGCAGGAUAAUGCGGGCACUUUCGACCGGCUGAUACCGUUACUUCCGAAGCACAUGAGCUUCCUGGCGUUGGAUCUGCCCGGUCACGGACUGUCCUCGCGAAUCCCCGACGGUAUGAUGUGUCAUGCGCUCGACAACACGUUCGUCAUGUUUUACCUCAUGCGCGAGUACGGCUGGAAAAAGAUUUCCUUGCUGGGCCACUCGAUGGGGUCCAUUCUGUGUUUCAUCUUUGCCGCCACGUUCCCCGGUAAGGUGGAUUUCUACGUUGGAAUCGAUGCGCUGAAGCCACACAUCCCCGACCCGGAAAAGUUUCCGUCGCGGCUCGAGAAGCGUCUGCCGCAGGCACUGCUGGCCGAUGUGAGGAACCGGGAAAAAACCGAGCCCCCGAGCUAUCCGUACGGUGAGCUAAUAGAGCGAUUGCACCUGGCCACCAACAAAUCGGUCAGCCGUGAGGCGGCCCCCUUUCUGCUGUACCGGAACACGCGCAAAUCGAGCCUCCACCCGGACCGGUACUACUUCACGCGCGACAGCCGACUAAAGUACAGCCUCGGGGUCGGCUGGGAGCAGGCAAUCAAUCUCGAGUUUGCCAAAAGGGUUACGAUGCCGUAUCUGUUCAUCAAGGCGAAACACUCGCCGUUCUACGAGGAGCGCAAGUACUUUGACGAGUUCAUCGAGGUGGUAAAAGCCAACAAUCCACAGUUUGAGCUGGAAUUCGUCGACAGCACGCACCAUCUGCACCUGACGGAGCCGGAGAAAAUUAGUCCCAUCAUCAGCAAGUUCUUGGUCAAACACUGGAAACACGACGAGGAAAAGUGAUCUUCUAUCUCACGUUUGGAAUGGUUAGAUUUAAAUGUGUAAAACAAGGGAGUAAAAUACAUAUUUAAAACUUUCGA